AUGACUUUUGUUAGUAUUGGUGGUCGCUACCAUCACAACUACGGUAAUUAUGGUUUCUAUGGUAGCAGCACUGGAGGCAGUACCACAAGUGGCGGAACUGGAAGCUACCACCAGCACCACGGACACCAUCAUCAGCAUCACGGGCACCACCACCAGCAUCAUGGGCAUCAUCCACAACAAUUGCAGCAUCCUUCUUCACUCCAGCAUAAUGUCUCUCCCCAUAUGGGCCCUCCACAUGGCCAUCGGCUAUUUGGAGUUGGACCAUCCGGUAUGCACCACCACCAUCACCAUCCAGGAUCGAGUACAUACGAGACGACUUCUUCAAUGAUGAGUUCCGACCUUGAGUCAACCAGUUUCUUUGAUUCUGAAGAUGAAUCUAGUCGACUCAGGAAGCCAGCUUAG